AUGGGGGAAAUGCCAUACAUAGGGGCGAAGAUCAGCCUCAUUAGCAAGGGCGAUAUCAGAUAUGAGGGCACGCUGUACUCCAUAGAUAUGAAUGAGAGCACAAUUGCCCUACAUAAUGUCAAAUCGUUUGGGACGGAAGACAGGCGCCAAGAUGGAACGUUCCUCCCUCCAAGCGGCGAAAUUUAUGAGUACAUCAUUUUCAAGGGCGCGGAUAUCAAGGAUCUAGCAGUCCUCCAGAACGAGCCACCUGCAGAUGCCGAUGCGAGCAAAGCACCAGAGGCUGCACCACAGGGCGCUCCUGCACCUCCACAGGCACCUCCCCAGCCGCCUGCACCUUCCCCCUGGGGCGCUCCACCUCCCCAGCAGCCUUACAGCAACGUGCAGUGGAGUGCGCCCUCACAGCAGCCGGGCCCUGGAGCGCCUCCGCCGUACUAUGCACAGACCCCGGUGAACCCGGCCCAGUCAGCGGCCCCUGAGACCAAGCCAGCCAAUGCAGCCCCGCCAGCUCAGCCUUCCGCAGCAAGCACCGCGCGCCCGGGCCCGGCCCCAGCGCCAACGGUAGUAAUCACCCCGUCAGCACCGGCGCGCGGCCCCCGGCCCCAGCCGCAGAGGGCGUCUCCUGCUGGCCCACAGCACCACCAGCAGCACCCGCUGCACCCUCCCCCAGGCAUGCAGAAUUACCCGCGUGCAAACGGCCCGCCAGCAGGGCACAUGCCCAACGGAGCGCCCCCCAGGCAGGGACCCCCCAGCGGUCCCCCCGCUCCUAGGCCGCGGCCCACCUCCUAUGCAGGCGCUGCCGGAGGACGAGGCCCAGCUCGUGGCAGGGGCGUUGGCGGCCCCCCAGGGCUGGCACCUGCCGCCGCGAGGGGCGGCGGCCGCGUCGGCGGCCGAGGGCAGGGCCCCCCGCCGGCCCCCCGCGCACCCCCCGUGCCGGUCCCCCGCGAGGAUUUCAACUUUGAGGAGGCCUUCCAGAAAUUCAAGAAGGAGGCGCGCUCCCCCUCAAUCAUAUCAGAGGUGAAGCCGGAGGUGGUGAAGGAAGAGGAGGCGCCCAAGGAGACCUACAAGGCCGAUGACUUCUUCGACUCCCUCUCCUGUGAGGCCCUCGAGCGCCUGGCCGUGUCUGAGGGUGCCGCGCCAGAAAAGCCGCAGGCGCGGACGCGCUUUGCCGAGCAGCGCAAGGUGGACAUUGAGACGUUUGGUGGCACCGGCAUCGCGCGGCGGAAUGAUUUCCGCCGCGGGCGCGGCCGCGGAGGCCGUCGUGGCGGCGGCCGCCAAGGGGGAUACCAGAAUGGAGGCGGCCGUGGAGGGAGCAGCAACCCCACUGCAAGUUAG